AAAAGAUUUGAGACAAUCCUGCCUGAAUCCUUAUCCUGAUGCUGUGGUAGAAAGGACUAAUGCAGCUCUGUAAGUCAGAAAAUAGGAAAAGCAGAUUAAAUCCCUGUGUCAAAGCAUUAGGGAGGCUCAUUGUGGGAUUCUAUAUCUUGAAAAGGAUUCAGGAAAAUCAGAGAGACUCUGUAGAGCAGAAACACAAAAAAUGGCUUGAGGGUGGGAGGAAAAGCCUGGCAGAAAGAGAAUUAAGCGACUCAGUAUAUUUAGCUUUUCAGAAAGACGGAUGAGAGGGGGUUUGCCUGCAGCAUAUGUGUAGUGUCACAAAGAGAAAAUGCCAGGCUCUGAAAGGCUCUUUAAUCAAGCAGAAGGCAGAAUAAAAUGGUAUGUCUGCAAGCUGAAGCCAGACACAGGGAGGUGGGAUGCUCUUCUGAACGUGAGGGUGAGGGACUCCUGAAACAGACCCAGAAAAGUGGGAGUCUUCAAUGAUUGUCUUCAAUUCAAGCCUACCUCCUCUCUUGGAAACUCUGAGUGAACCAAACAUAGUGUAUUGGAAUUACUGCAAGGAGAUGAACUGCUGAGCAGGGUGCUGGCCAGGGGCUUGCACUUGCAUGACUGCCUGCCAGGUGGGACCAUUGGGUCACAUCCUCUGAGGAAGAUCCUUGGAAAGCUGCUCCACUCAGGCAGAGUACUUGGGGAGGCAAUCAGGCAGGCUCCAGAUGUUUACCUGCUCCCAAAGAGGUCAUGUAGAAGAGCGGAUUUAAUGUGAAGAUGGGACUCUUGGUGUUUAUGCGUAACCUGCUGCUAGCCCUCUGCCUCUUUCUGGUUCUGGGAUUUCUGUACUAUUCUGCUUGGAAGUUGCACCUUCUCAGAUGGGAGGAUUCAAAUUCAGUGGUUCUUUCCUUUGACUCCGUUGGACAUACAAUAGGCUCAGGAAGGAGAGAGAGAAAAACUGUGGCUAUUGUGCUUCCGCUGUCCAUCCCAUCUCACCUUGCUGCAGACCCAGGAAAAGACAGAGCCCAGAAAGAACCCACAGAAACCAUGGCAGCUCCAGGCCCAGCCAUUCCCAAAUAUGACAAACUGGGCUUUCUCCUGAACCUGGACUCAAAAUUGCCUCCAGAACUAGCAUCAAAGUAUGCCAAUUUCUCUGAGGGAAUGUGCAAGCCAGGCUAUGCAUCAGCGCUCAUGACUGUCAUCUUCCCAAAGUUCUCCAAGCCAGCACCAAUGUUCUUGGACGAUUCCUUCAGGAAAUGGGCACGUAUCAGGGACUUUGUACCCCCCUUUGGAAUUAAAGGACAAGAUAAUCUGAUCAAAGCCAUCCUGUCAGCAACCAAAGAUUAUCGUCUAACUCCAGCUCUUGACAGCCUCAGCUGCCGGCGAUGUAUUAUUGUAGGAAAUGGUGGAGUACUUGCAAAUAAGUCAUUGGGGUUAAAAAUUGAUGACUAUGAUGUUGUUGUCAGGCUGAACUCGGCUCCAGUGAAGGGCUUUGAAAAGGAUGUGGGUGGCAAGACAACACUCCGGAUCACAUAUCCCGAAGGUGCAAUCCAGAAAAUGGAGCAGUAUGAGAAGGAUUCCCUGUUUGUCCUGGCAGGAUUCAAAUGGCAGGAUUUCAAGUGGCUGAAAUACAUUGUUUACAAGGAGAAAGUGAGUGCCUCUGAUGGCUUUUGGAAGUCAGUGGCAACCCGUGUGCCAAGGGAGCCCCACGAGAUCCGUAUCCUGAACCCCUACUUCAUCCAGGAGGCAGCGUUCAGCUUCAUUGGACUGCCCUUCAACAACGGCCUCAUGGGCAGAGGGAACAUCCCCACCCUGGGAAGCGUAGCAAUAACCAUGGCGCUGCACAACUGCGACGAGGUGGCGGUGGCUGGCUUUGGCUACGACAUGAGCUCACCCAACGCACCGCUGCACUACUAUGAGAACAUCAAGAUGUCUGCCAUCAAAGAGUCCUGGACGCACAACAUCCAGCGGGAGAAGGAAUUCCUGAGAAAGCUGGUGAAAGCCCGAGUCAUCACUGACCUAACCAGUGGGAUCUGAGUGGCUGCAGCCACUGCAUCCAAGGGAGGAGAUGAAGACAUGCUGCAGCUCUGGGAGCAGGCACUGGCAGCCCCCUGCAAGAAUCCCACCUCACUGAAGACACACAGAGAUGCCCAGGUGCUCUGGGAAGACCCUCUUGCAUUGCCAGUCUGCACGAGGGUUCCAUCUCCCACCUCCAGGCCCAGAGCUGGCAGGAGGUGGGCAAGGGGCUGAGUGGACAGUUCUUGAACUCUGCAUCGCAGACAGAUCUUCUGCAUCCUGAAUUAGACAGGAAAGACUCAGGAGAGAGAAGAAAGGUUUGUGAAUACAAUGAUCAGUGCCAAAUGGGAGGUGAUGCUGCCCCAAGGCAGCAAAGCCUGAAUGUACAAAGUAUUAUUUUUUAAAAGACUCUGCUGGAACCAUACUAGAAAUACCAAGGUACAAGACAAAGUCUGCUUGCGCACAGCCCUGUGAAAAACCUGGCCUCUUCAUGCUCCAUCUGCAUUGUCACCAGCCUCUGACCUCUCCCCAGGAAAACAAGUCCAUCCAAAACUUCGGUGUCAUUGGUGCUGCUACGGUUCAAAGGGAGAAUAAUGGCUUCCUCUCAUUCUCCACUUGGAGCUUCUGGAUGGAGAUGAGCAUGGGUUUGUUUUUCUGCAUUUUUCCUGACAUCCUCCACAGAGGCAGCAACAGCAGCCACUGACUUGGCUGUGUUUUCCAUAGCCAUUUGCUCUGCCUCUGCCCUGACCUGAGGUGGAGCAGGGAGCCAGUGGCUUUCUCUGCCUACAGCAGACCCUCCCCACCUUCCUGCCUGUCAUGAUGCAGAGGAGCCUGCCCCGUUGUGCUGAAGGCUUUCAGGCCUCCUGGUUUGUGCCUGCUGUGCAGGGCCCCUGAAGAGUCCGUGCAGACUUGUGUCACUGUUUCUGGACAGCAUCUCACUUUGGUUUUGUGUGGGAGGGGAGUAAUUUAUUCUUUGGAAGGAGGUCAGAUCUUGAGCAGAGAUCUCAAGCUUUACAGUUUGAGAGCAGACUGCUGAAGAUGUUUGUUUUACGUUCCAGACUCAAUCAUGUUCCCUAUUUAAGCGACGUGUGACCUCAAUGAUGAUGGAACCUGAUGGGAACUCUCACCCUCUGCUCGGCCCCUGCUCACUCCAUUUCCAGGCUCCUCCUGUGCUGCUCUAGCACUGCUGCUCCUCCUGCUCUCAGGAGCACAUCCUUCCUUUGCCCUCUUGGUCCCAAGAUGCACUAUUUGCACAUUUGAUUUGUAUACGUAUUUCAGAGGAGCUGGAAUAAACUGAUCAACGUGGCCAAGUGCGAGGGCAGCAGGGUGGUCUCAUCCACCUGAAGAGCGUGGGCAGAAGGGAGGUUGCCAAGGGAAUGAGCAGUUCCAUGUGGAAAGUGGCUCCUGUGCUCUCCUGGCCUGGAGUGCACCCACAGGCACUGUCCCAGUACCUGGUGUCAAGGCACUGGCACAAACCAGCCGGUGCUGGGGUCAGUGGAGGGGGAUCCCAGAGGGAUGUGGGUUGGGCUCAUGGUC